AAGGGCAAGGACCCGGCCAUCCUCACGCGCGACACCGCCGAGGGCAUUCCGCUGCAGCCGCUCUACACCUCCGCCGACCUGCCGCCGGCGGAGAGCCUCGCGCAGCAGGCGGCGAAUCUCGCCGCCGGCCAAAAGGGGCUGUCGGUGGCGUUCGACCUGGCGACGCACCGCGGGUACGACUCGGACAACGAGCGGGUCCUCGGCGACGUCGGCAUGGCGGGGGUCUCCGUCUCGAUGACGAUGAACGGCGCCGUCCUCCCGGCGCGCGGCUCUGUGUCGGUGCUGGCCAUGUUUGUGGUUGCGGCGGAGGAGAGUGGCGUCAAGGCGGAGCAGCUCGCCGGCACGAUCCAGAACGACGUGCUCAAGGAGUUCAUGGUCCGCAACACGUACAUCUACCCGCCCGAGCCAUCGAUGCGGGCGCUCACCGACAGGCUCGUCGAGGAGGCGCGCGCCAUCAUCGAGGAGGUGGAGGCGCUCGGUGGCAUGGCCAAGGCGGUCGCCUCCGGCAUGCCAAAGCAGCGGAUCGAGGUUUGCGCCACCCGCAAGCAGGCGCGCAUCGACUCUGGCGACGACGUCAUCGUCGGCAUCAACAAGUACGCGCCGGCGGCCGGCCGCGAGCAGCCCGUCGUCGAGCCGCGCGUCAUCGACAACCUCGACGUGCGCGCGGCGCAGGAGGCGAAGCUGAAGCGGCUGCGCGCCGAGCGCGACGAGGCCACGCUGCAAAAGGCGCUCGCGGCGCUCUCCGCCGCCGCCGCGACGUACGACGGCAACCUCCUCGCGCUGGCAAUCGACGCGGCGCGGGCGCGCGCGACGGUGGGCGAGAUCUCGGACGCGCUCGAGCGGCAGUGGGGGCGGUACACGCCCUCGCACACCGUCGGCUCGGGCGCCUAUCUCGGCGACUUCCGCAGCGACGGCGGCGAGAUCGAGGCGACCGUGGCGAUGGCGGAGGAGUUUGCGGCGCGGCACGGGCGUCGCCCACGCAUCCUGGUGGCAAAGAUGGGGCAGGACGGGCACGACCGCGGCGCCAACGUCAUCGCCUCCGCCUUUGCCGACCUGGGCUUCGACGUCGACGUCGGCCCGCUCUUUGCGACGCCCGCCGAGGUUGCGCUGCAGGCGGUCGACGCAGACGUGCACGUGGUCGGCGUCUCGUCGCAGGCGGCGGGCCACCGCACGCUCCUGCCGGCGCUCAUCAAGGAGCUGUCGGCGCAGGGCUGCGAGGCGAUGGUGGUGGCCGGCGGCGUCAUCCCGCAGCAGGACUACGGCCUGCUGCACGAGGCGGGAGUGAAGAGCGUCUUCGGGCCGGGCACGCGCAUCCCCGCGGCGGCGCGCACCAUCAUCGGCGACCUGGAGGCGGCGCUCAGCGAGGGCGACGCCCAGGCUGCUUCGGGCUAG